UGAACAGGAAAGGCUACCCAUGGGUUUUAAUCUGGCUCUUAAUCGGACAUUCAGACAAGGGUCUUCGUAGAAAUCGGGAAAUAAAAUUGAGAUAAGAAGGAUCUAGACCAUCAUUAUAUCAAUAUAUGACAGGUUUGACUACUGAACUGCCCUUGGAUUUGUCCAUAGACGUAUUGGACGAUUAUCAAAAGUAAAUAUAGAUAAACCUGGGGAUCACUGAGUGUACAAUGUCAUAUUGAAUGAGAUCAACUAUAUUCCGCAAAAUGGCGUUAGAGAGAUAUUUCAUUUCGGUCGUUGCUUUACUUUGUCUCGUCGUCUGUAUCAUUCAUGGUUGCAGAGAUGUAGACACCAGUGGUCAAUGUGGAGCAUGGGCGCGUCAAGGAGAAUGCGAGAAGAACCCCGUGUGGAUGGCAAACAAUUGCAUGUUAUCAUGUCAGAAAUGUGGUUGUGUGGAUUUUCACGGACAAUGUGGAACUUGGAAAAGUCAAGGGAGAUGUGAUAGUAAUCGAUCGUGGAUGGCAAACAACUGCAAACGGUCUUCUGGAAAAUGCACACCAGGUUGUGAGGAUUCCAACAGUCAAUGUGGACCUUGGGCAAGUCGGGGGAAUGUGACAAGAAUCCUCUGUACAUGCUGGAAAACUGCAAACGAUCAUGUGGGAAAUGCACACAAGCAACAAGCUCUGUGUGCAUUUCUGGUGGAUCUACAUAUGCAAUCGGUCGAAAAUGGGUCGAACGACACCCGGACGGAGUACUGAACAACUGUGAAUGUGCUAGACUGGGCAGCGUAACAGCAUUUACACGUCAAAUGACAACAGCGCAGCGCAACAAAGCCACUAAGCGUUGCAAACUUCAAGGCUGUUAUCUACAGGACCGUGCUUAUGCUCCAGGGAGCGUUGUGUACUCGGACUUGGAUCCCCAGCAGACUUGUCCUGUGACAUGUGUACCUGGUCGGGACAAAUAUAGUAGUUCGUCCACGGCUUUUCAUUUCAAUUGGGAUAUAUGCGAAUAACAUUCUGACUCGGAAAACGCAUAUGGCACAAGGAACAAACCGUGUACCACAUCGAUCAUCUUAUUCUGAUUAUCAAAGUAGAUGACAGUGAUGAAGUUUUAUUUGUCGAAAGGAGAACACAUUUAUAGAAGCCUUGAACUGAAUUCGCAUUUCUUAAUGCUGAAAUUUUCUCUCUACUGGCCUUAUUGCACCUUCAAGAAUUGAAAAUAUUUCGCUAUUUUUUCAUGUUCAAACAAAUAUGAUUAUCUUCCGCUUUCCAAUUACUGUGUAUUUUUAAUUGGACGAGUUACCCAUUUUCUUAUUAGACCCACUCGACAAAAUCCAGUACAUCACUGUAUAGCGUUUGCCUUGACACUGUAAAUCAAGUUUAAGAUAGAAAUAAAUUAAAUGCUGAAUGUCAAA